AUGAGAAUGGAUGGAGUGGAUCUGGAGGGAGACGUGCGGUCCAUCAUAGAUCAGGAGAGUGGGACUCUGGUAGACAUUCUUUGCGAUCAAGACUGCGAUACCCUGAGGCAUCUUCACGCCAUGGUCGACUAUCAAACACAAGAGCGGCUCAGCUGCUUGCAAGGCCGAAGGGAGCAAAUAUCUGCGCUUGUAGAUUACUUCAAGACCGCGGAUCCCUUCAGGGGCAAAAAGUUUCUUGAGACCAUAUGCAUGCACUGUGAGAACAUACCGAUGCUCCUGGAGUCCCGUCUCAUGUCAGCAUCUGUGAUUGAUCUAGUAGAGAGCUAUACCACUGAUGUGAAGUCACUACUGCUGAAGAAAUACAAGAGAGUGACAAAAGACGUGGCUUGGGAGGUGCGUCUAGAUCAAACAUCGAUUGCUUUACGACACAAAAGCCCCGCGAGGGGUAGAGAGCGAAUGGACAGAGUGCAAGUUCAGGCGUCUUUGGAUUCCCAGGAUGGGGAGGAAGCUGCGAUGGAAGAUAAAGUGACUGCUGAGUCUCUCUUGAGCACAACCGGCAGGGUGGUGGUUUUGCUGGGCCAGGCUGGUUCCGGAAAGACUCUUUUGAUGCAUUGCCUCGGCCAGCACUGGGCUCAGGGUGCCUUUCCCUCUAUACAUCUGCUUUUCCUUUUCGAGUUCCGUCAACUCAACCUUGUGCCGCAGUCGCUUUCCCUGAGAGAGCUGCUCUUUCGAUUCUUUCUUCCACCUCAGGUCGACGACGAUGAAGGCCAGGCUGUGCUGAACUUCAUCCUCUCCAACCCCGAGAAGAUCUGCUUCAUAUUCGAUGGGUACGACGAGUUUCAGGCAAAGUUCACCAACCCGGACAACCUUUCCGAGCCCGUGGAUCCGGAUUGCCGACUGUCCAUGGCCGAACUGCUUUCUGGACUCUGCAGUCGCAGGAUCCUCCCAAAUUCCACCGUACUGGUCACAUGCAGACCGCGGGACGUGGCUCACUUUUUUGAGAGUUCCGGUUGCUGCAUUGGUGAGCUCCUGGGCUUCGAUCGACAGCGUGUGAGGGACUACGCGAACCAGUUCUUCAAGGAGAAGAAGCACGAUCGCGCGGAGAUGGCAGUUAAUGUGCUGAUGGAAAGCCGACACCUCCUCACCAUGUCUUUCGUCCCAGCACUUUGCCAUAUCUGCUGCAUCUGUUUGGACCACUUGUUCUCCAAAAAUGGGUCAUGUCAGACUUUCCGGCUGCCCACCACGCUGACCCAGAUUUACCUCCAGAUUCUCAGUGCUUACCUCAGCCGGAGUCAGGGCAGUGGACAUGCGGGUUCAUCUGCAUCUGUGCUGCAGCAGUGCAGAACGCACAUUGCUAAACUGAGUCGGCUUGCCCUCAAAGGCUUAGAGGAGAGUCGGAUUGUGUUCUUGAAGGAUGAGCUUUCUUCAGAGCUGAUGAAUUUCGGGUUUAAAACUGGACUGCUCUCUCAGGUAGACCUAACGUAUGAAGGUGGCUCUAACCGUCAAGGCUGUACCUUCAUGCACCUCACUAUGCAGGAGUUCCUGGCUGCUCUGUAUCUCAUGACCAGUCAUGACAUUGUCGAAGCUCAGCUUAAGAAAAAGCUCAACCUGAAAACCCGAUGGACUACCAAGACUGAUCCCAAAACAGUCUUCACAGACUCUGUCCACCUGUUUGUAUGUGGGCUUGCUGCGCAAGCUUGUCAUUCCUGUCUGAUCCAGCUGAAAGCAGGCGAGAACGCCAAGAGCUGGGUGCAAAAGCGCCAAGCUGUGGUUCUCAAGAUCCUUAAGAGUAUAGCGGGCAGUACCAGCCUGACGGGGCCCAAGGCCGUGGAACUGUGCCGAUGUGCUCACGAGACUCAAGAUGUUGGACUGGCACAGUUUUUUGUGAGCUCUAGAGACUGCUUUGAGCUGAGAAACAUUAGGUUGAACCCGUUGGACAUGGAUGCUUUGGCGUUUGUGACGUCGGCAUCGGAGCAGGGUGUCGGACUGGACUUCGGAGGCUGCUCGAUGGAGUUGGAGUGUUUGGAGAUCCUCGCCAGUUGCAAGAAUGUGGACCACCUCAUUUUCCGUAGCCGCAAGCAUGAUGACAAGUUUGCAGAAGUUCUGGCCGGCAUCCUUCCAAAACUACCGACCUUGAAAAAACUCAAGUUUAUUGGUGGGAGCCUAACUGAUACUGGGGCCUCAAGCCUUGCAAAGGCUUUGGAGGACUGCCCACUAAUCACUCAUUUUGAUAUCAGCGAUAACAACCUUACAGACAAGGGAAUGAAGGAGAUCUCAGAAACCCUCUGUAAACUUAAGAAUAUCACAUCUGUCACGUUUGGCAAGAACAACUUCUCAUUACAUGGAGUUUUCAUUCUUGUUGAGGAGAUGGCCCAAUGCCACACAGCUCAGCAAGUUCAAGCUCACUUGACAGAUUGCGAACUUCGCGAAACUCACAUGGAGCGUCUUUACAGCAAACUGAGCAGCUACAGCUCUCUGAUUUCUCUGGAUUUGUCUAAAAAUGCCCUUGGCAACAAAGGUCUCAAGAAAUUGCUGGAUUUUCUACCCAAGCUCAAAACCAUUGAGGAAAUCAAUGUCAGUGAAAAUGGAAUAACUGUGGAUGGGGUGAUAUUUCUUGCUGACUGUCUCCAUACCUGCAUGGACUUGAUUGAGGUGCAUGCCAGAGACCUUUCUGGAAAGACAGAGCUACCCCUUCACAAGAAACUGAGUCUAACACACUCUGACGUCCAGUCGGUGGCUAUGACCAAGCUGUGUCGGAAAUUGGUCAAAUUUCCACACCUGCUGGAACUUGAUUUCUCCCACUGUUCUUUGAAAGAUGACGUCAUAGAGAAGCUGCUAAAGAACCUCCCAGAUAUGACAUGUCUCCAGCUACUGAAUUUAAGUCAUGUCCAGAUGUCUACAGAUGGAGCUCUGCUAUUGGUCACGUCUCUGAUUGACUGCCAGCGUGUCAAAUCAGUGGAACUCAGGCCACAGGGAGAGGCUUUCAUUAAGUUUGUCAAAGUCAAAGCAGAGAAGGCAACUUGCAAGCUUUCCAGCUAUGAGUUGAGCAGUGGCAAUGUGGAGAAACUUUCCAGAAUUCUGGAGAAAUGCCCUCGACUUGCUGAUCUAGAUUUGUCCAGUAACCUGCUGAGAGACGAAGGGGUGAAGAGCUUUGUGGACUUUCUGCCCCGACUACAGAUUAAACACUCAGUGAAUCUGACCAAUAACGAACUCACCCAGAUGGGGGCGCUCUAUCUGGUGAACUCAGUGAGCACCUGUGAGAAAGUGGUGGCCGUGGAAGUCAGUCUCGGAUCUGAGGACAAGUCGCUUAUUCGUUUUGUUCAGGAAAGUGUCACCAGUAAAACUCUGAGUCUCAGAGAGUGUAGGUUUGAGACUACCCACUUUCAGAAACUGAUAGAAAUCCUAUCCCAGUGCCCUAAGCUGAUUAAACUGGAACUGUCAUCUAAUGAAUCACAGAAUGAAGAUACUCUUUAUCUCCUGAGCGGCUUGGCUAAACUGUCCUCAGUGCAAACCCUGGAGAUGAGACAGAACAGGCUGAACUCUGCGGCGAUUAAGGAGCUGGUGAGCCAGAUGAGCCGUGGUCAUGGUCAAAGAAACAUAAGGAUUGAGGAGCCGCGGAUCAUGGUAGAAGAUGCAGUUGACUUGGUUGCCAGUUGCCUGGCUCUGAACCAGAACAUACUUGAGAUAACGGUCAAUAAAACCACACUCGAUAUCUCUUUUGAAAUUUUCCUUGAUCUAACUGCUUCCAGAAUUGAUCCUGAAAACCAAGUUUCCACUUCACAUGCGCUAAGAUCAAUAAGCUUUACUGACUGUGAAUUACAUGGCCGUGAGCUCUACUCUCUGGAGUCUACUCUUCAGAGAUGCCACAGCCUGCAAGGUUUACAUCUCAUUUCAAAGGAGAUGUCCGAAGAUGAAGUGGUUAUUUUUGCUGAGGGUCUAAGGCACGCUCAGAGCUUGGAGAGCUUAAGUUUGACACGUCACAUUAUUAGUGAUGAAUGUACAUCAUUACUGGGGAGAUCACUUCAGAGUCUGCCAAAUCUGAAGUCUAUCAGCCUUUCUCAGUGCUCUGGUUGGACAACAGAAGGAAGACGUGCCUUUGUCACGAGUUUGAUGCAGUGCUUCUCUCUGGAGCAGAUCAGUCUGGACUCUGUGGAGCUGGAUGAGGCGAGUUUGAACUGUCUGGCCACUGGCCUUCGCAGGCUCCCCUCUGUCAGGAGGCUCAGUUUGAAAAAGUCCACAGAAGCACCAGUGACACUAGAGGAGGAUGGUGCAGUUCUGCAUCUCAUUGCCUCCUUGCAGGGAUUUAAAGGGAUGGAAGAGAUUGAGUUGGAGGGGAUGAGAUUUGGACAGCAAGCGAUAGAAGAACUACAGAAACACAUUCCCAACUGGAUCAACCUGAAAAAGAUCAGUCUGUUUGGCAACUGUGUGAGUGACAGAGCUGGAGAGAAGCUGGUGCAAGCACUGAAACACUGCAGACAGCUUCAGGAACUCAAGCUCUCUAAAAACAGGCUGGGACAGGCAUGUGCUGCUAAACUGGGUGAAGUUCUUCCCUUGCUGCACCACCUGACAGUGCUGGAUUUGUCAGAGAACCAGUUUAACGCAGAAGGAGCGCUGAGUAUUUCCAAAAGCCUGUUUAACAUGACGUCGCUGACUAACAUAAAAUUGACAGCCUUCGGAACACCAGAACUGGGAAGAGUGGUUUCUUGUUUGGCCCACUGCACCAGCCUAGAAGACAUCAGUUUGGCGUGGAACGGUUGCGGAGACGCUGUCGCUAUGACGUUGGCAGAGAUUCUGCCACAGUGCACCAAGCUCAGGAGACUUGAUUUGGAGUCUAAUAGCAUCACCACUGCUGGUGCUAAAGCCUUGGCCAAAUGUUUACCAUCUUGUCCGUCAAUUGAAGUGAUCAGGCUUUGGAGGAACAACAUCGCAAAGGAUGAUCCAGGUCUGAACGACAAGAGAUUAAACUUCUCGUCGACCGUUUUUGGGAGCUACUAG